ACGCGUUUAGUGCAUUUUAUUCUUAUACUGAAUAAACAAUAAAUCUGAACCGUAUUAAAAUAAUAUAAUUAAUAAAGUAGAAAUUAAUUUACACAUGUUUAAUGUGAUAUUGAUUUUGUUGUAUUAAAUUUAGUACUGUUUUUAUAUAUUUUUUAUUUAAAUAUAUAAUAUGCUGAAAAUGAUGAAUAUAUGCACAAGCAAACUAUAAUAACUUAUCAUUCACAGUCUCUCUUUUAGUAGUUACUAUUUUAUGACAUAAAAAAGGGUUUGUUUUUAGUGACUUUUGAAGAUUAUUUGAAUGUUAAUCCUCGAACAAAUAUGUUUCCUCUAUUUCGUAAUUUAAAUCGAACAAAAGUAUCAUUUAUUUGUAAUUUCCAUUCUGCAAAUGUCCAAUGUAUGAAAGAAAAAACAUUUUCUCAGAAAUUAGAAGAUGGUCCUAAUUUGGAACACUUUAUUAAUGGUACAUUUAAAGAAUAUAAUGGAAAAUUAAAGUUAGAGAAAGGAGACACUUCUCGUUUAAGGCUGCCACCAUGGGUUAAAACAGAAAUACCAAUGGGUUCAAAUUACAAUAGAAUAAAGUCACAACUGAGAAAAUUAAAAUUAAGCACAGUAUGCGAAGAAGCACGAUGUCCUAAUAUAGGAGAAUGUUGGGGAGGUGACAAACAUGGUACAGCAACAGCCACUAUCAUGUUAAUGGGCGAUACAUGUACUCGUGGUUGUCGUUUCUGUUCUGUAAAAACCUCUCGUACACCAUUGCCAUUAGAUCCAGAAGAACCAGCGAAUACAGCAAUUGCAAUAACAGAAUGGGGUUUGGAUUAUGUUGUACUUACAUCGGUUGAUAGAGAUGACUUAAGUGACGGUGGAGCAGGUCACAUUGCAAAAACAGUGAAAGAGCUGAAAAAAAGGAGUAACAUUUUAGUAGAAUGUUUGGUACCAGAUUUUAGAGGGAACGAAAACUGUAUCGCAACAAUUGUAGAUUCUAAUCUCGACGUUUUUGCUCAUAACAUUGAAACUGUUGAACGUUUAACACCGUUUGUUAGAGAUAGGCGAGCUCAAUACCGACAGUCAUUGAAAGUAUUGGAAACAGCAAAAAAGCAAAAUCCAGAAUUAAUUACAAAAUCAUCAAUAAUGUUGGGAUUAGGUGAAACGGAUGAAGAAAUCGAACAAACUAUGAAGGACUUAAGAAAUGUUCAUGUGGGUGCUGUAACUCUUGGACAAUACAUGCAACCCACGAAAAAGCAUUUAAAAGUCAUUGAAUAUGUUACACCAGAAAAGUUCAAAAAAUGGGAAAAUGUAGGAAAUGAAAUGGGAUUCUUGUAUACUGCAAGUGGUCCAUUAGUACGAUCAUCUUACAGAGCUGGAGAAUUCUUUUUAACAAACAUUUUAAAAAAACAAAGGAAUAAAAAUAUUAAAAAGCAAUAAAGAUAUAGCUCUGUCGUGAUCAUGACCUAUUUUUAAUCUGUAUCCAUUGCAACUGCAACUUGAGGAUCUUGUGGACCUUCAUCGGAUGGUGGUGGUUGUGGAGGUCUUGAAUCCUGUUCCGCAUCUGGUUCGGUAGGUCUUCCACGUUUGUCGUCUUCAAUUUGAGAUAGAUAGGUAGAGGUCGUAUCCUCGUCAAAUACUGUAAAAUCUGUAUUCUUUCCGACUACGGCAAUGGAGACAUUCUGUAAAAAUAUUUGUUGAUUAAUUAUAAGUAUUCAAAAACAUAAAAAUACUUUAUAUAUUAGAAUUCAGAAAAGACUGAAUUAUUUUACUUUAAUUGAUAAAUCAACUUCAUUAGGCAAUGUAUCUCUUAAAGCACGAAGACCAUGCUUUACAAGUUCAUCAAGAUCACAUGACAUGAAUUCAUUUAAAUGUUUUUCUAAAUAUGUUCUAGCACUUUGAGAACGUGCUCCAAUAGCCAUUGCUUUGCAAUCAAAAUAAUUUGAUGAAGGACAAGUUUGAUAAAUAUGAGGUCCUUGAUCCUGCAAAAUCAUUAACACUGUUUAUUAUUUAUUAUAUUUUAAUGUAUGUUAUAUAUUUAAAUAUAAUAAUUGUUAUAAUAAUUUUUGAUAUAAUAUAAUAAUUUUUGUAAUAACUUACAUCAUAUCCACCUAUUACUAAACCAACACCGUAUGGUCUUCUAUCGUAUCUUUGAGU